AUGGCAAAGGCUUCCCUGGGACCCCAGUGGUGGAGUUGGAACAGUGGUGCCCUUUCUGACAGACAGUGGGGGCAUAAGCCUCCUCCUGCCUAUCAGGAUCUGGAUCCUAGCCUGCACCCUGCUUCGGCAAAUGGGGAGGCAGGCUGGGACUCGGGCUGUGCUGGGGGUGGAGCUGACGGAGCGGAUGCAUUAAAGGCAAGGAUUGAAACCUUGAAGAUUGAAAAAGAAACCUUGAAGAUUGAAAAAGGUUGUAGAAUGAGUAGAAGUAGCCGUCACAUUCUUGCCAAUGAAACCUUUAUCUUCAUUCUUUUAUUCCCAGAAUUCUCAGAUGCCCGCUUCUACAGAGCUGAUGUGAUCUUGGACCCCAGGACAGCUCACCCAAAGCUAAAAGUGUCCGAAGAUGGCAAAAGAGUUUGGAACACAGGAACUGUUUCUAAGGUUUCUGACUGGGAGGAGCGGUUUGACUCCCGCACAUUCAUUCUGGCAAAAAGUGGAUUUUCAGAAGGCAAACAUUAUUGGGAGGUGGAGAUUGGUCAGAAGAAAACCUGGGACUUGGGAGUUGCCUCUGAAACUGCUUCUAGAAAGGGGGAGAUCAUCCUGUCUCCUGAGAAUGGCUUCUGGGUCAUAGGAUGUGAUGAUGGGAAAGAUUACUGGGCUCGGACAGAGCAAUGGACCCGCCUGAAAGUGAAUGGAAAGCUUACAAAAUUAGGAAUAUUCCUGGAUAUUCCCGGAAGCUUAUCUUUUUAUGAUGUCUACAGCAAAAGGAAAUUGCACACUUAUAAAACACUUGGUUUUGGGGAGCUCUAUCCCUUCUUCUCCACAGGAUCUGUGACUGCAGAGCUAGAUAGUCCUCCACUGAGGAUUCUUCCAUGGAAUUUGCAAGAGUGAUUGUGGGUAUAGAAUGGGAAAACAUACCAGCUAGCCCAGAUAUAGCUCAG